AUGUAUUGUACCUGGAAGUUAGACCAGCUUAAGGAAGAAUUGAGGAGGAGAGGUGAAUCCUUUAAUGGUAAAAAGGCAGACCUUGUAGAGAGGUUGGAAGCUUACGAUGGAAAUUUCAACUUCGCUGGUAAAUCAGAUACUCCAGAACCACAACAAGUUAUGGUUAUACCAAAUGACGAAUAUUAUAAAGAUAUAAACGACAAUACUCCAUUGCCUCCUUUACAAAAAGAUCAAGUACAACAGUAUUUUGAAGGAUGUAAUCAAGCAUUAGUUAAAGGAAAGAGUUUAUAUGAAAAUAGAUAUUUACGUUUAUUGAGAGCUGUCACCAUUAAAGAUUUUAUAUUUGUCAAAGGUAUCUGUAAAGCAACAAUGAAAAAUACUCAAUAUGAGGUAAACAUAAAAUUACACAAAAAUGGUGCAUUGCAAGAGACUCACUGUGAAUGUACAGUGGAAUCAGGAGUUCGUGCCCUGUGCAAGCAUGUUGCUACAGCAUUAUUGGCCACAGUUCAUAUGAAUCAAAAUAAAACAGUCCUUUUAGAAGAAGUACCUACUCGGACACUACAGACUAGUCACCAUCCUAAGAAAAAAUAUUUUUCCUUGCCUUUAAAAGCUCAGAGCUUACCUUAUAAAGGAAUGAAAGAGAACUAUGAUUUUCAUCCUUUUAAAGGUAAAAUAAACCAAGAAAAAUACAAUGAAAGAAUAAGGAAUCUCGUGUUGAGCUAUACAGACAGUACUAUGCCUUUAAAACAGCUGUAUAAACCUGCUAAUCUUAAUGCAGUUGGGUCGGAUCAUGGUAGUUAUAAUGUUUCACCAAAAAAUGCAAUUUUAGAAUCACUGUGUUUAAAAAAAGUUACUACAGAAGAUGUAAAUAUUGAAAAAGAUAAG